GCGCUAAGCCCCCUCCUCUGUGGCGGCGGCGGCGGCGGCAGGCUGCGGCAGCUGUAGAGCCGGGCGGGGCUUUCGGCCGCGGCGGGGAGGCGGGGAGGAGGAGGCGGCGGAAUAUGGCGGACGGCGUGGACCACAUAGAUAUCUACGCCGAUGUGGGAGAGGAAUUCAACCAGGUAGAGAGGCUCCGGGGUCCGAGGAGGAGGCCGGCGGGGAGGCCUGGCUGGGCUGUGAGGGAGGGAGAGAGAGGGAGGCUCUGACUGGCUGCGCUCGCUGCAGGCCUAGGCCCAGCGGAGGGAAGCCGCCGCCAUUGUUGUCUGCGGCGCUCGCCGAGAGGCCUCUGCCGCUUUCCCGCCUGGCGCGCUCGCGAGUGGGGCGGGGGGGGGGGAGCUCGUGUGGAAGAAGAGAAGGGCCGAGGGAGGGGGCGCGGCCCAGCUUUGAGUGCGCGUCGCCGCCGCCGCCGCCUCCUUUCCCUCCCCUGCGAGGCCUCAGGCGCUGGAAAACAAUGAGCCCGGAGACGGAGCCUCCUGCAGCGCUGUUGGUUGUUGCCCACUUUCCCCCCUCGGGAGGAGGAGGAGGAGGGGGGAGCCCGGAGCCCAGCGGCUCCGACACAGGCAGCAGCCGCUUCCCCCAGGAGGAGGCUGCGAUGGGGAGGCGUGACAAGAUGUUUAGCCUCCUCCGGGAAGGCUCGGUCGGAGCGCCGGCGACGAGGCUUACGAGAAGCCCCGGGCGCCGAGGGAGAGGGGAAGCAGUUCCCUCGAAAGGUGCUUCGCAGCACAGCCUCCUUUCGCGCCUCUUUUCAGUUUCCUGAUCAACACGCGUGACGGUACGGCGGACGUUGCGUUUUCAACAUUUAGUAGCUCGGUUUGCACAGGUUGUUGAAGGCUCUAUGUUUAUGUUUUUUACAAGCUUAGAAAAUGGCAGAGGCUUUUAUUCCUGUGAAGUCUAUGAGAAAUGGGGCAGCAAGACAAAAAAGUAGAAAGUUGUUUCUGUCCCGUAACUGUUUUGCCAAUCAGUGUAGAGACGCAUCCAGUUCACUGAGUAUGCUAUUUGAUGCUGGAAGGUUUGGUUUAGCUUCCACCAUUCUGCGUAGUCAUCUGUUCACCCAUUUUUGUCCUUAUUCUCUUAUGUAGCCUCAAAAGAGUAUUGUGGAGAUUUUGAAAAGACUCACAUUGAGCAAGGAAGUGUUCCUAGAAUGCAUUUCUAUGCUAUUUCUUUUGGAGUAGUUCUUGUGCCGUCUUUUAAAAGCAUAUUCUUUGUUUUCUCCCAUAUUUCAAUGAUGUUUCAAACUUUUUAGUUUUCGUUUCUGCUGGCGAUGGAUUAAAAAAGUUAACUGGUGAAACUAAUUGUACUAAAGGGGAAAGGGGAAAAGUAACUUGAGUAUCUGCAUUCAAAGGCUGAUCUUUUCAUGUUAUUACAGGUACUGUAGUUGUGUUUAGUAAAGGGAGGGGCACUACAUGGAUGAAUAUGCUAGGUCUGCCCCCUAUUUGCAUUCCAGUUGCUCUGUUCAAAGUGGGGAGCCCCCUGUCCUUCUUGAGGAUUCCUGCGUUAUUUAGAACCCUGGAAAAUCCAGAGUUCUAAAAUGUGCAAGAAACCUCUAUGGGGACAGGAGGCUCCCUACAUCAAUCACUAUCCAACUGAUGGACUUGGUGAUGGAAACAUACAACCCAGGUGGUGGGUCAUAGAGCAAGUGCACCUGUUCCUUCCCCCUCCUUCUAUAUAUACUGAAGACCUGAAGGGAGUGUAGGUGAACUAGUGUUCUGAGCUUGUGGAACUGACAUACUCCAUUGGAUUGGAGUCCUUGGCCUUAUUUAUGUGUUCAGACUCCUCAGGUAGAAGCAAAUGUGAGAAGAAGCAAGGGGACACUGAAAAGUCCGAUCCCUCCAGUGUGUCAUCAAUACAGAGGUUAAAGUCCUUCGUGAAUUGGAGGGCAAAUGUCUGAAUUGGGGAGUUUCUAAUACUUGUGAAGGUUUCUGGAUCCUCAUACCUGACCUUGGCUCUCAAACUCCUGGAGGGCUUUAUUAAAUGUAAAAAUGAUGUGCUGGAGGGGACAUAGCUUUGCUUCUUCUUAAAAUUUAUAAAGUUAAAUUUAUAGUCAAUUUAUGACAUCUGUUUAUAUGUGAGGUGAUGAAACACCCUUUUAGAAGUUCUAGAAGUGUAUACUACUGCAAUUCUAUUUUUCUGUUUUUAAUUUGGUAAUACAUUCUGUGCUGUCAAUCACUUGAAGUUGUACACAAUUUAAAUCAGAGUAACUAUUAUGCAUAAAAUAUUAAUAAAACUACAAACUCAGCCAGCUAAAACUUCAUUGGCUAACUAAAAGCAAUAUAGUAGUUGAAAAUUAAUCCGUUCAGGCACCAAGAAAUGCGCUUUGAAAAAGCCAGUUUUACUUGAUGGCAGAAGACCAUAGCAAGGAGAGACGAGCAAAAAAAAUUGUGUGGAAAGCAUUUCAUGAUGUAGGCGCCAUCACAUAGAAAGCUCAACUUUGUGGUCUCACUGUUUUUAAUUCUGUAAAGAAAGGGUCACAUAGCUUUCUUUAUGGACAUAUGGUAAUGUGGAAGUACAUAUAAAUUGUUCCCCCACCCCCAAAAAAAUCUGUGCAGGAGGUGUAUGUGUAUUUGUUGCCCAGUGAGAUGCUAUACUGUAUUCAUGUGUCAUCAUCAGGUAAUCUGGCUGUCUAAAUUGAAAUGCAAAUUGAACAUUGUUUUUGAAGUUCACUGCACACAUUUGCAUCUGUUGUAGCAUCUACACCUCUCAUUUACACUAUUGCAGACAUAACAGGUCUCUUUGUUAUCUGUCUCAUCACACUUAGCAAACUGCAGUUCACCAAAAAUUAGAAAGUAGUCAUGACAAUAAUGGAAAGAGGAGGCGUGUGUGGGUGCGUGCAUGCAUGGGUGUAGGUGGGUGGGUGUGCGCUGUUUCCUCAUAUAUUUGGGAGAAAAAAUGGAUCCACUGUACUUUUCCGCUGAGUUAGCAAGCCAUUGGCAGAGGAUGACCCCUUCAAGUCUUCUACGAAAGUUUAAAGCUACUUUUGGCUACUUUGUAAAAACCCCGAAAACUUAGGGAAAAAUCAUCCUGUGUAGUUGGGCUCUUAGAUACAAGUUUCUCAGAUUGAGCCCUCUGGAGGCCAGAGAAAGAUUUUUGAUGAAAUUGGUGUAAGCCACAUUGAGCCUGUGAAAAAUGAAUAAAAGAUAACAGUGGUGCUUUAGUAAUUAACACCUUUUAAUGCAAUGGCCUCUUUGACAUGUGUAAUGAACUAUAAACUCUAGAAUUCUGUGUAAUUUUUUGAGCUGCCUUGGUUAUUGCGAUGAGUAGGAGAUUCAUUGGAUUAAUAGAUUUAAUUCUUUUGGUUUAGUACUGUUUUGUUGACUUCAGUUACCUCUAGCUUCAAGGUGCUGUGUUUUUUAAACACUGGAAAUGAAGUUUUCACUCUUUGUUAAUUUAUAUUUUACUUGUAUUAUUUGUUAAUUGGUAUUUUUAAUUGUUGAAUAUUUUACUGUUUUUUUUAAAUGUAAUACAUACUACACUGGAAUAAAUAUUCUGAAGGUAUGGUAUAUAAAUACCAUUAAUUAAAUAAAUAAAUAAAUGAAGUUCUAUUCAAGCCUCUCCAGAAAAAAUGAACUAAAAGUAUGACAUUCAAUGACCCCUGUCUUCUAGGAGGCUGAGUAUGGUGGGCAUGAUCAAAUAGAUCUGUAUGACGACGUCAUCUCUCCAUCUGCCAAUAACGGCGAUGCUCCAGAGGAUCGUGAUUAUAUGGACUCUCUCCCACCAUCUGUUGGAGAUGAUGUAGGCAAAGGAUCAGCACCAAAUGUUGUCUACACGUAUACAGGAAAGAGAAUUGCAUUGUACAUUGGGAAUCUUACUUGGGUAAGUGUUCCGCUAGUUACUGCUGCAAUAGGAGUUGUAAGAAACUGCAUUAACUCAGACCAUUGACCUAUCUAGUUCACUAUUGUCUGGAUUAGGUGCAGCCCUCAGAGGCUUCAGACAGACAUGUUUCCCAGGCCUGCCUGAAUGUUUUGCAUGCAUAUUGUCUACCACUGAGCUGUGAUCCUUUCUCUUUUGCUAUAGGUAAUGAGUGUAAAGUGGACUUUUGAGUUUGUAAUCAUUGCUUCUUAAAGUCUAUGUAAAUUAACAAAUUCUUUGCUUAUUUUAAACAUAAUUUGCUGAAUUAUAUCACUGAGCAUUAGGAAUCUUUCCAGUAACUUUAGAAAACAAUAAGUCAAACCAACUUAGCUUAAAAAAAGCUUUUAUAUCAUAUGCAUCAGAUGCACUUAGCGUUUGCUGUAUUAUCUGUUCCCUUGAAUGGUGCAGUGGAAAAGUGAUAAUGAAUGGUUUUUGGGAUGUGGCUUUGCUUCUGUUUUGUUUUUGCUAUUAUGUUCAGAAAUGAGAUUUCAAUUACAAAUAUUUUCCAGUGGACCACAGAUGAAGAUUUAACUGAAGCAGUUCAUUCACUUGGUGUAAAUGAUAUUUUGGAGAUAAAAUUUUUUGAAAACCGAGCUAAUGGCCAAUCUAAGGGGUAAGAAUUUUGUUUAAAUUCAUAAUUCCCAUUUCUGUUCUACAGUGUGACAGGCUGUACAGGACACUGUUUUUUUGCUUGAGAGAAUGUAGCUUAAGAAGAUGGGACAGGACUAGAACAAGAUUUAAGGGAGGAGUAGUGAGUUUAACUGGACAGACCAUAAAGGAAGCUGAGACUGUGUUGGUCAAGAAAAGGAAUUGGUGAAGCAACUGGUUCUGAGUAAGGCAUAAAAGCAGGCUUAAGAGACAAAAAUGAAAGCUGGUUUGCUAGAAGGUUUGGGGUGUCUUGCUAAUAGUAAAUGAGGGUUACACUUCACAGAGUAAAUUAUUAGGAAAUGUAUGGUAGCCUAUUACAGUUUGCUUAUUUGGGGGUGGGAGAAUUAGGUAAUUCUUGAAUCAAAAACUGACAAGUCUUCCUUCUAAAAUUAUUGUAAAACAUUUCAGUUAAGUGACACUUUCUCAGGGCCCCAUAACCACCAUACAUAAUUCCCCCAUCUAUUUCUUUUCAGGUUUGCUCUUGUAGGUGUGGGAUCUGAGGCAUCUUCCAAAAAACUAAUGGAUCUGUUGCCUAAACGAGAAUUGCAUGGUCAAAAUCCUGUUGUUACUCCUUGUAAUAAGCAGUUUCUGAGUCAAUUUGAGCUGCAGUCCAGAAAAAGUAAGUGUUGCUCCCAGCUACUCACAGUGAAGUGAAAGAGCAUGUUUUGGACAGAGAAAUUACCAUUUUGCAAUUGUGGAUGUGUUUGUAUUUGGCUAUUAAGUGCUGAGAAUCUGCUGACUAAGGCUUGGUUUACUGAAAUGAAAUAACACUGCUCAAACUAUAGAUUCUGUAGACGUUUUAAGAAUAUUGUAGAAAGACAUGGAUCUUACUUUCUCUAGUACUACUUAUUUUUUUAGUGAUAAAAACAUGAAUGAUGCCAGCUAAUUUGAGUUCCUAUACAUUUGAAACAUCACAUUGAUAAAGCAUCAUGUAACUGGUGAAUCCUGGACCUAUUCAAACUAGCUAACAAAAGCAUAACUAUAAUAAAAUAUAAGAACAGCAUAAAAAUAAGCCAAGUGUUGUAUAUUGAACACUUUUGUUUUCUUCUUUCAGCUACACAGUCAGGCCAGAUGUCUGGUGAAGGCAAAGCUGGUCCUCCUGGAGGCAGUUCACGGGCAACGUUUCCACCAAGUAACAGAGGGAGGGGUCGUUUUCCUGGCGCCCUUCCAGGAGGGGAUAGAUUUCCUGGACCAGCUGGACCAGGAGGACCCCCACCACCUUUUCCAGGUAAAAUGUUUUGUGUUAUACAUUGCUGCCUUUAUGUAUAGUUGAAGAUACUGAAAUUUGACUUGCCAGUUACUGCACUUUGUUUCUGGACAGUAGGAUUAUUUUAUAUUGACAUACAUUCUAUACUGAAUAAAAAAAACUUAAGUUAAAACACACACAGUAUAAAAGAACACUAUAAUAAAACAGAACCACAAGUGUAUAGUGUUAGUUUUGUUGAUAAUUGUUGCUGCAAUAUUGGACAUUUUCAUUAGUCCCUCUCUCCCCUAAGUCUAUACUCAAAAGUUAUAAGCUUUAUUGUAAAACAUUAAAAACCUAUGGUAGUUUUUAGCAUUGGCGUGUUGUGGAAUGCAGGUAGAUGGGGUAGAUGACACCUCUUACCUUUCCACCAUGAGAAUUGCCAGACUAUUUGAUAACAUGUGGAUUCUUGUCAUAUUUAAUAUUCAUAUCCAUAUGCCAAGUAAGCUUUCUCAAUGCUCUUUACAAAUGUUUCUGUAAAUUUGGAGAAAGUUUUGCUAGAAGUAGUAGAAGGCAUUAUUCUUUCUUUCUUCCUUCCCAUUUAGCUGGACAGACACCUCCACGUCCACCCCUAGGUCCUCCAGGCCCUCCAGGUCCUCCUCCACCUGGCCAGGUUCUACCUCCUCCACUAACGGGUCCCCCUAAUCGUGGUGACCGUCCCCCUCCUCCAGUUCUGUUUCCUGGGCAACCCUUUGGUCAACCUCCACUGGGCCCACUUCCCCCUGGCCCUCCACCUCCAGUUCCAGGCUAUGGUCCUCCACCAGGUCCUCCACCCCCACAACAGGGCCCUCCUCCACCUCCAGGUCCUUUCCCCCCUCGUCCACCUGGUCCGCUAGGGCCACCCCUGACAUUGGCUCCUCCUCCUCACUUACCUGGGCCUCCACCAGGUGCUCCCCCACCAGCUCCACACGUGAAUCCAGCUUUCUUCCCCCCGCCAGCCAACAGUGGCAUACCUACAUCAGACAGCCGUGGUCCACCACCUUCAGACCCAUAUGGCCGGCCUCCACCUUAUGACAGAGGUGAUUAUGGUCCACCAGGCAGGUGAGUUGCUUUCCUCAUUGAUAGCAUCUUUAUUCCUCUUUAAAAACGCUUCAAGAGUCUUAAUAAGGAGGCUUGAUUUCCUUCAAGGAAGUAAGGUUACAUCAGAAAAGUGUUUCUCAAAUGUGGGAAUAACAUUAAACCAGUGUUCCUUAAAUGUUUUGAGCUUGGCUCCCCUCUUAUGAAUGCAUGCUUUCUAGGGGCCCAAAAACCAUCAGUUCCACAACAGACCGUAUAGAGAUGAUUGAUUGCUGCAGUGUACGUAGCUUGCUGCUGUGUGCAAAGAUCUGUGAAGUGGAGAACUGAUCCAACCCAGGCGUUAGGAAACAGAAUAGAACAAUAUACAGUCGUACCUUGGAUCCCAAACACCUUGGUACUCAGACAUUUUGGCUCCCAAACGCCGCAAACCCGGAAGUGAGUGUUCCAGUUUGCGAACGUUCUUUAGAACCCAAACAUCCAACAGGCCUUCUGUGGCUUCCGAUUGGCUGCAGAAGCUGCCCUUUGUUUUCUGAAAAUUUUGGAAGUCGAACGGAUUCUGUUCAACUUCCAAGGAUUCUGUUCAGCUUCCAAGGUACGACUAUAUGAUUGUACAUCCUAAAGCUACACCCCAAGAAAGCAUCAUUGGAACAUAGCAGCAGCUUUUGCCAAAUCCUGCCCACAAAUCCAGUGCAAAAUGUAUCCUUUGCUAAAGGAUAUUUAACCUACCAACAUCUUGACUGACAAAGGAAAGAAGGCUUCAGAUCCAAUCCUAUGUUCUCCCCUGCAGGUGUUUUGUGAACUCCCAAGGGGUGUGGGUGACUGCACAGUUUGAGAACCAGUGUUUUAAAAACAGUACUUAGACCUUCCUCAUUUCCAUCAGCUAUGUACAGUAUUUGUUUCAUUUUGUUUUCAUUGGUGGCUUCUUUUAUGUCUUUAAACAAAUGCUACAUUUGUAAGCUCCCCAUACCUGUGUGUGUAUGUGUAUGUGUAUGUAUAAUUAACUUUUUAAUGUUCAGCUAUUCAAGUUUUCUUCACCAGCUGAAAGUUGCAAUUUAGUUCCUUUAAAGUAAAUCACAGUGUAAAGAUUAAUAUAAAUGUACGUUCUUUUAAGUGAACAAAUUUUGGUCUCUAAUAAGAAAACACUCUGUGUGUCAGCUUGAGAUGUCCUGCUUUACUUUCUGCUUAACCUACAUCUUCCUUGCACCUCCAGUGACCUAGAGUAAUCUUUGUAUGACUACUCUGAUGGAUUCAGACAACCAUAUCAGAUGGCAGACAAUAUGAGGAAUCAUUGAGUUGUUUUUUAACUGAAAGAGGAACCCCGAUUGUUGAUCAAGUUUUAUUCAGGAGAUAGUUAAAUUCUGUGUCUUCACUCAACUUGCGAGUUAUCAUUAUGGGUGAAAUGCUUAGAAAUCCCAUGAUGACCUUAAUGUCAGCUGCUGUAUCAGUUGUCUACAUCCACCUUUUCUUUUCCAGACUUACAUAAUAAACUCCUGUUGGCUUACCCUUUGCUGCUCAUUUCCCUUUGUUGCUGUUUGUCUUAUGUUCAUGUUAUACCACAUUUUUAGACGUUGAUAGAUUGUGAUAUAUAAGAAUCUACUUGCAUGUUGUGGCAUAUAACAGAGGCUUUGUUGGGAUAAUUUUUUUGUCAAAUAAACUUCCUAGUCUUUUACUUGAGAACAUUGUUUCUAGCUUUGUUAAUUGGUUCAUGGAAUUACUGUCUAAAAUUUAAAAUGUUAUCAUUCAGCUUUUUAGAAAUUUAGAGCAUUUGGCAUAAUAACUUGGAAGACUAUGCUGAGAACCCAUAGUUUAUAAAACCAAACUUUUUAAUAUUUUGUAUAUCAAGAUAAUACUCUAAUAAACAAGGGAGGGCUGAGGGGGUUGAAAGCAGAAGUAGAAUCUCUGCACAUAAUGUCCAAUAUUUUCAUGAUGAUCUCAACUACAGUCCAUAACUAUAUUUAAAUUGUCAAUUAUAUAUCAUAGGCGUUUCACUGGAAAUAACAUGCCCAUAAGAGAACAAUUACAUAUGCCAUUGUAUUGGAGACAAACGAAAAAUAAUACUCAAAACGCAGGGAGGUAUGAAUUUUUAGACAUUUCCUCUUAUGCUAAAUCAGCUAUAGGAUCUUGAUCCACUUCUUGCUCUUAAGAGGAUAGCAUUGCUUAUCAUUCUGCAUUUUCUUUCUACCAAAAGAACUAACACUCGCAAGAAAACAUUUCUUAAAAGCACGUAAAGCCAUAUAAUUUUAUAGUGCUGGAAGGAAUAUGGAGAACAUAGUCCAGUUGGUGUUCCCCUGCUGAUUGGAGGUAUCCAUCAGCAGAACAGGAAGAGAGGCAACUUUUGGCAAUUCCUCCUCACUCCUUAGAGCUGCUGCCUCCCCAUCUUCUUCAGAGGGUUGGUGAAUUGAAGACUGGCUGAUAAUUAAUUUCCUUCCCAUUCAUCUGGCAGAUGUCUUCCAUCAGCAGGUGAACAGCAACUGGUUACCACCAGCAAAGAUUAAAAUCUCAUCCUAAGGCAUGACUUCCUUUCUAGCUUCAGUCAAAUAUAUUACAUUAUCUAGAUUAGUGUGUGCCACAAAGAAACUGGAGGAGGAAGUUGGGUGGUACAUCCUGAGGCAUAGUAGAGGUGCCUGUAGGAGGAGAAAGGCCUUCUCUAGUCUUGUUGUCAUUCUCCAGAUGUUCUGUUUAAAGCAGAGACUGGCAGAUGUUGCAGAGCUCAAGGGGGCAUAAGAAGAAUAAGUAUAUUUCUGUCACUAACUUCAGUUAAGUAAAUAGUUAACUACUGGCACAUUAUGCUUAUGUUAAAAGCAUGAAUAUCUUUAGAGAACAGAGCAUUCUUAAUGCUUGGCAACAUUUAUUCAUUAUGUUCACUAUGACAGAUUAGAGUAUAUGUUGAGGACAGAACUCUUUGAAAGACUCAUUUACUGAUUUGAGCAGGCUACAGAUCUCUCUGCCUCAGUGAUACAUAUACAUGCUUGACAGAUUUGUAAUUAUCUGUUGGAGCUUUCUGAAGAUGGAAAGCAGAACAUAAGUAGAUUAUCUGACAUUUCACACUAAUAACAGAGUUGUUGCUGCUGUGGUAGUGUACUUUUUCUCUCUAGCCUGCAGGUUUUGCAUUGUAAAUAUCUUGGUUUAGAAAAAGCUUCCUCUGAUUUGUUGUUUUGCUUAAAAUUGCAUACUAGAAUUGUUAAAACAGUUGUACUUCCCAAACUCACUGGAGGUAAAUGUUUUGAACUUGUGUGUGUUUGCAGAGAAAUAGAUGCUGCAAGGACGCCUUUAAGUGAAGCAGAAUUUGAAGAAAUCAUGAAUAGAAACAGAGCUAUCUCUAGCAGUGCCAUUUCAAGAGCUGUAUCAGAUGCAAGUGCUGGUCAGUAUAUUUUCUUUAUGAUUGUCUGAUGUGAUAUCUAGGACUUUCUCUGCAUGCAUACAUACAUAUGCCUAUCCACUAAAAUAAUCUGAUGAAGCCCUUCUGUGUGUUUCCACUUUCUAAAAUACAGGUGUUGGGAGCACCCAGAAAGUGAAUUCACUGCCAUUGGACGUUAAUUCCUCUCCCUUAUCUUUGUGUUCUGCCAUCAGCUAAAAGAUUACCCUUUCAGCACACUUUUAACUAUCUGUUGCUUAAAAUAAUACUUUUCUUAGCUUUAUGGGCUAUUUUUCUAUAGCUGCUUUGUAGCUUUGCUUUCUUUUGCUGAUUAUUGACAUUAUUGUAACUUACUUUAGUUAUGAAUGCCACCUGAGCACUUCCUUUUGGAAUUGGAAAGGUCUAAUAUAGAGCAUGUGCCUAGAUCCAUCAAACAGCAGUAAAUGUGUGGUUUAUACCACUUCCGACUGAAUGUGGGGCCUGCAUAAUUGAACGCUCCCCUACCAAAAAACGAAGUACACAGAGAAAAGUAGUAUAUCAUGAAAAUGCUAGAGCAAGAACACUUUUCCAUUCUAUUUUUUCUAAUGUAGAUGGUCACAUACUGUAUGGAGGACUAUUUAGUCAUAUUAGCCUCCUGCUAUAGUAGUCUAGCUCACCCAUCACAUUAAACCAUCGUUUGAAACUCUGGUUUAAUAUGAACAAGCAGCAUGCUUGUACACGCUGCUCAGAAGUUCCUGUGGCAUUCCUCUUUUCCACUUUUGCUACAGCUGCACCACAGAUGAAACAAGCAAGUGUUUGGCUUGUCAUGUUGCUUGUGGUUCAUUCAGAGAGAAACAAACCAUGAUCUUAAGUUUAGGCAAUGUGACAAGUCAAAAGAGUUUAGUUGUUUUGUCUGUGGCAUGGCAGCUGAGGACGUAGGGGAAAGGUGUCAUGGGAACUUUUGAAUGGCAUGAACUCACACACUACUCGUUCACAUUAAACCGUAGUUUAUUUUUAAACUGUGGCUUAUUGUAAUGUGCGGACCAGGUCAGUAUGAAGUUGAACAAUCUAUGUUUGAACAGUUGAAGAAGGCUGGACAAAGGGAAGGGAUAUUCUGAUGUUAAGGAUUAAUUAAACUGUUCAUUCACAUUGUUUUAUCAAUUUUCAGCGGAGUAUGGAAGUGCUAUAGAAACCUUGGUGACUGCAAUUUCAUUAAUUAAACAGUCCAAAGUAUCUGCUGAUGAUCGUUGCAAAGUACUUAUUAGCUCUCUGCAAGAUUGCCUCCAUGGAAUUGAGUCCAAGUCUUAUGGUUCUGGGUCAAGGUAAACCUUUUGUAUAAAAAUGGGGGAAAGUUUUGAAUAAAGUUCCAGAUAAGAGUUGUGGGGCUAUAUGAGGGAAUGGACCUUUUUAAGUCAUGCAAUGUACUUACCAUAUUUUUCGCCCUAUAGGACGCACCGUCCCAUAAGGCGCACCUAGUUUUUUUGGGGGGGGGAAUUUAUUUCCCCCCCCCCAGGUGCGGGGCUGGGGCGGGGGAAGCCCGAGCUUCCCCUGACCCCAGCCCCCAGAACAGGCAACUCUCCGCAAGCAGCGGGAGCCCAGUGCAGGUCUUCUGCGCCUUGCGGAGAGGUGCGCAAAGUCUGGGAGCGCUGGGCUCAGCGCGCCCAGCCUUCGUCAUGCAGGCAACUCUCUGCAAGCAGCGGGCUCCCAAAGCUUGCGGAGAUCUGCGGGAAGCCUGGAGAGCGAGAGGGGUCGGUGCGCACCGACGCCUCUCGCUCUCCAGGCUUCAGCGAAAGCCUGCAUUCGCCCCAUAGGACGCACGCACAUUUCCCCUUCAUUUUUGGAGGGGAAAAGGUGCGUCCUAUGGGGCGAAAAAUACGGUAAGUCUAUGGAUUUUAGUGGGUCUAUUCAGUGUGUGUCUUGGAUAUCACUUAAAAUAAUUAACUUGAUGUAGCUCUAGUUUUUGUAAAGCUUAAUUUCAUGGUUAGGAAAAUGCAGAUAUAAUUGGAAGGUUAGUUUCUAAUGAAACCACGGUUGAACGACUUCACAGUAUCUUAAAACCUAAUUAAACUGUUGAAAAAACCAUUGUAAGUUCUUAAAGUGACUUUUAUCAAGGAGCGACUCAAAUUACAACAGCUGGUAGGAAAGUUAAGAGUAGGAAAAGCAUAGAAAUUCCAUUAUCUUGAACAUCAGCUGGACUUGGAAUGGAAUAAAUUUCAAUUCUGUACACCUGUACCACACUAUCAUUAAAGGAAUUUUCUGUCCUGCCUUUUGGCUUUGCAAAGGCUCCUAACGUAGCUUCAAGAUUUAAAAGACAAAAAUAGAAUAAAAGUCAUGAAAUCAUAUAAACAUUAGCAGCAGAACUAUUACUUGAUGAUAAUAUCACAGUGAACCUAAUUGCCAGAGUUCAUCUAAACAAUUUCUUUGUAUUGAGACAGGGUUCUUCAUACCCAAGGAAGUAAACAAAUUCAGUGUGUUGUGUUUAUCGCAGCAAAAUGUUGCAUUUUGAGAGAAUUAAUGAAGUAAUUCCUUUUAGAAGACGUGAGCGAUCAAGAGAGAGAGACCACAGCAGGUCAAGAGAGAAGAGCCGGCGCCACAAAUCUCGUAGCAGAGAUCGUCAUGAUGAUUAUUACCGGGAAAGAAGCCGUGAACGUGAGAGACAUCGUGAUCGCGAUAGAGACCGCGACAGAGAGCGCGAUAGAGAACGGGAGUAUCGUCAUCGUUAAGAGGUAGGUAUAUUCAUCUUUUAAUGAGGCUUUAAAAAACUUUUUAUAGUUUUAUAGAAUAAAGGUUUGUGGUAUGUUAUAUUGAACACUUUCCUGAUAUUGAUGUUAUAUUCAGGUAAGUGUUAAUAUCUUGUCAUUUCUCUUCUCUCCUCUCUCCCUCCCUUUGCUAACUGAAGAAAUACCUUCUGGUGUGUGAAAUGUGUUUGUGAUUUUGCUGUUUUAAUGGCAGCCUGGUACUCAUUAAAUUUAGCAGUUCAAAUUUACAUGAACUUUCUUUCAGGCUUUGAGGUACCAUUUAGCACAGUGGUCUUGCCUACAUAUAUCUUUGCAUGGUAACAACAUGCCAAAGGUGGCUACUGGGAAGGUUUUUGAUGGCACUAGUGACUGGGGUAAAUUGCCGCCACUAUUGUAGUGCAACAUGUUGUGACAUUGCACUGAUAGUGGAAUCUAGUAUAUAGUCCUAUGAGGUGCUGCAUUAUUUGAAACAGAAUCACAUAGUUAGUCCACAAGUCUAUUUUAAAUUGCUUUAAUCCAAGCAUUUGGCCUUUGUUUUAUAUUAAUCAUAGUCAGAGGAAAUAAGAUUACACAAAUUGUGUAAUCGGUACCUAAAUUCCUGUAUAUCUCAACUUUAUGGAUUAUUUAACACAUGGAUCAUAGCCCAUUUUCAGUUGCCCACAGUAUACAUCAAACCCACGUAUUCAGACCUUAGGUGUGGCUGUUACGCUAGGGUUUCCUGUUCCUCUUAACUGUAGUUUCCAGAAUGCAGGUUAUACAGUUGCAUAUUCAAAUUAAUAGAUAUUGAAUGAAGUUCUAGCUGUUUUGUAUUUUUUUAUUGGAAAGCCUAGUACCAAGAUUCAAAGGAAAAUACUAAUGCAUUUCCAAGGGGGAGUAGCUUUGAAUUUCUUUCUUGUUACAGUAGCCUCCUAAUGUGAUAUGGCAAGCCCUUUUUAUGGUAAGGGUGGUUUGCUUUUAAAAGAAAAACAAAAAUCCCACUGGCCUGCUCAUUCCAUUAGGCUUCUAAAGUAUAGCUUUGGAUCCUGGCCUAGGUGUCAGUUAAAAGGGAAACAUAAUAGUUUUGAAUAAGUUUUAUAAUUGGUCUAAAAUAUUUUGUGUCCUUUGAGUUUUAUAACUAGCAUGAAGCUGAAAUUACUAUUUUAUAUAAAUCUUUCAGUUACACAAUUUAUAGCACAUCCAAGCUUUUCUCAUUAACUCUUGAUGUUACUGUUAAGACAGAAUACAUUUUCUUUGGUUAUAAUCAGUGAUGACAUUGCCCAUAUGGUAACAAUGGGAAUCUUCAAUUUGAUGAUGGGAGUUCUUAUCACAGACACUUAAAACCAAAAGAAUGUGUUACCUGUUUAGAAAUCAGUGCCAGAAAUAUGAAAUUACCUUCACAGUCACAGACCAGUAUACACCAUCAUUUCUAAGCAUAAAAUUUGAUGUCCCAAUCUUUUAACUCUGGAGGAAUUAAUUUGCAUGAAUACUAGGGUAUUGUGAGGGUGAUUGAAGAACCGUGGAAUGUUAAAACCCUAAAGCAGUGUUGGGUUUUGUUUUGGAAUAGAUACAUUUUCAUGUUUGUGUACUUGUAUGCUACACAGAUGGAUAUAAGUCAAAUUGGUCCCAUAACAAAAUAAGCAGUAUUUGAUUUUGAUUUGAAAAGACAUUGGGAUGCUAAAUGUCUGCUAAAAGGAGAUAGGAUUUAAAUGAAGUGUUGUGUUUUAAUCACAUCACUGUAAAAAAAAGAAUCUGUUCCUUCAAAUGGUCUUUUGUUUCUGUAAAGUAAAACCUAUGUUCUCUUGUAGAUGUUUAUUUUGGGCAAAGCUUUAAAUUUCAUGUACUUAUUGUACUUGUACAAUCUGUGCUAUAUGGUGCAAAAUUAAUAUAAAGAAAGUUGAGGAAACAGUCAUAUUCUGAGGUGACCAUAGAACAGUUAGCUUAAUUUACUUUUAUAGACACACACAAACACACAGUUAAGCUUAUAAGGUUUAUUUUUCACUACUUAUGUGAGAGAUACAACUUUCCAUUCCAAUUUGUAUGUUCAUCUAAAAUUCCAUUACACUGUCUUAAAGAUUAUACUUUUAUAACGUUGGAAGGGUAAAGGUGACAAUUUAAAAAUCAUAAUUCGAUUUUUACCCACAUCUAUGCCCCUUUAAACCUAGACACUGUUGUGCAGGCUAGUCACUUUAUUGCUAUAAUCUGAUGAACUAUUGUCUGUGUUCUCUAGUGACUAAAGAUUUAAGUAGAUACACUGUGCUUCCGGCAGCAGAAUGACAUAACUUUUCUCCCUAUUAUUUGUUGAAUUGGUGAAUGAUGUGAAGGUAGUUUAUGAACGGUUGAAUCCAGAGAAAUGUCCAUGUAUCAUAGCUGGUGGAAGCUUCCACCCCACCCCUUGUGGGAAGGGGUCAAGGGUCUUCACUGAAUGGGGUGAGUUCUAGCAUGACAAGCUGGGACCAAAGAAGGAAUGUCCAAAAAACAGGCAGAGAUGACUUUGUAAGUGGGAGCUCUUGCUUAUGAAGGUUACUUCUGCCCAGAUUACUGGGCUCCCUCUUUCCUCUCUGCCCCCCACGCCACAACCUAUUCCAUUGCAAAAUAUCCCACAACUGGCAGGGGAGCCUGGGGUGGGGGGUGGCAGAGGGUGGAGAGGUCAUCUUCCACCAGCCCCAUUAUUUACACAUUUCUCCAAAUCCAACCCAAAGUAGAAUUUAUUGUUGAAUAUUUGUAGCAAUUCACUAAAUUUUAUCUGUAGUGGAACAGUCAGAUAUUUUGAUCAGUCACAUUGGGGAGCACUGUGAGAAGUUUUGCACUACUUCUUUUGCAAGAAAGUCCAUGGAACAGUGCAAAUGCAUGUUGUUUUUCCUCACAAUAUAUUGGAUCCAAUCCAUUGUCACCCUCACUUAGUAUAUUCAUAGAGAUGAGCUGAAUCUCUGAAAUCAGAUGUACCAUUCCAUCCUUCUUGUUUGGUGGUUAUUGAAUGGUGCACUGAAUGAUCCCAUAGUGGGGUUUCUCUUCCUUUAAUAUGCUUAUACUUCAUGAUGUGUGAAUUGACAACAUAUUUCUAGCUAUUGGGUUAUUUUGAACGUGUUCAUGAAACUCUUAUCAUUUUUUGUUAUGUCUUUUGUAUAAUGUCAGUAUAAAAGUACAAGAAAAUUGUGAAUAUUUUCAGAUGUACCUAUUUUCUUGUACUGAUCUGCUAGAAAUUUUGGCAACUUAUGUGCAAACCACAAGCAGAUCAUGAACAUGUUUGUGUUGGGUCAUAUUUAGAGCAAACGUUAGCAGCAAAGGUUGAAUGUGUAGCGAUAGAACAGUAACAAUCUUAGGACUGCUUCAGACAUGAAAACUAAAUAAUCACAUGCGAUAAGGUACAUACUGAUCUCAUGCUUUAUCCUAAGCAAGUGCUCUUCUGUAGGAAAUUCAUAAUGAUUGAUCUUAGGCUCUGGUGUGAAUAAAAUAAUACAUCAGCUAAACUGUCAGUUUUUAGAAGUCUAAAUGCUACAUACUAUUUGUUAAUUUGUGGUUAUUAAAGUUUUUAAAGUCAAAGUAGGUUGGUAUGGAAUUGAAAAAGAAUGAAGCACCCUAAUGUUGAUUGCCCUGUAUGUUGAGUUUGAGCCCCUUUUUUGACAUAACACUUUUCUGUAUUCUGUUCUCAAACCACCAUAAGCAAAACUCUUCAAAUGCUAAGAGUUGUUUUAGCGUGCCAACCAAGAGGCCGGUUUGUAUAAAAAGUGAUUUGUUGUUCUUUUUUAAGUGUGUUCACAAGCUGUCUUUUAUAUGUGUAGUAAGAAUACUGAAAAAAAUAUUGUUACAAGUCUGUGUUCAUGAGAGGUAAUUGAGUGAAUGCUCCUGUUCACACCCUGUGAUGUGUGUUGAAAAUGUGUAGUGUUUGUGAACAUGGUUUACCUUUCCUGAGCCCGCCUUCCAUCCACUCAUUGGACAUUAUGCAGGUAUGAAAUCUAAGCCCAUAGGUCAAAUCUGUGAGAUCCCAGCCUCUCAAAAACAAGCAGUGAAGGUCACACCACUCCAGGCCAACUUUGCACUGUGCAUACACUCUAUACACAUUAAGGCAUUGAAAUAGGGCAAUUAUAUGUUGUGUAUCAAAAGAAUGCAACAAUAUUAUGAGGAAGUUUCUGUUCAUGAGACUAGUAAGUCCUACUUUUGUAUAGAUGGGCACCUCUGCUGGACUAGUCGAUACAGACCUCCAGAACAAAUUAACUUCUUAACCCGAGGUACCACUGUAUUACUACCGCUUUUUAAAGAGGCAGUGAUUAUUCUAAAAAGGUUAAAAAGGUUUAUUUGCAAAGUGACAAAACAGCAAGGGCUAUGUUUCUCUUUCUCCCUGUUAUAAUCCAGAAUAUUUUCCUUGGUUUUAAAAAUCCUCAUUCCUAAAAUACAUGUUGCUAUUUGUAUUUGAAACUCGCAUUGUUUUUUGAAACUCAUUGUAGGAGGCCAUAUGGUUAACAUCAUUUUUGCUGUAACACAUUUAUUUAUAGUAUUGAUUGCACUGCUGCUAUUUGGAGCUCAUAGGUUACAAAUUGCAUUUGCACAGUAAAUAAUUCAUUAUGCAGAUAAAACCACCUACCAUUUCUGACAAAUUUUUAGUGUUAAUUGUGAAAUAAAUAAGUACUUACUGGUAUAGUGCAUAAUCCCCAACGUGUUAAAAUUUGCUGUUAAGUUUGUGUUAUGGGCUUCAUGAAAAUCCAGUUUCCUCAUUGUCUGUUUUUCAUAAUCGUUAGUUAGUACAAAUUACUUUGUUCAGUAGAUGUACAAGAAGCUGUAUUGAAGACCCUCAAUCCUUUCUGGUUUGAAGUGGCUUAAUUUUUGUGAUGGCAGGGUAUUGAAGUUGUUGGGAAACUUUAUUUGGGAAGUGACCUGGCCUGAAACUCUUGUUUAUUGUGGUUUGAGAACAAAUUGUGUUUUGUUUUUUUUUAACAAAGAAACUUGUGUAUUCACCAUUUUACUUGUUGCAGUCUGAGUUAUACUAGUCUUUGUCAUGCCUCAGUGUGAACAUAUAUAUAUAUAAAGUAGACUAUAACUAAAUUGUGACAUAUGCAAAAGGGAAAAUGGCUUUUAUAGCAAACCCUUAAUGAGAGUAUUUUUGUGCAUUGAACUGGGUUGUCAUGACUAAGGGUUUAAAUAAUGUGCAUUUCUGACUAAAUGUAUUGUAAUGCUACAAAUCUGCAAAAUUCCUGUUACGAGAGUAAGUGGAAGUAGCUUCAGAACUGUGAUCCAAAUUUAUUAGGCAGAUUAGCACAUUUUUUCACUUGGAACACACAACACUAAAUUGAUAGUUUUUACUGUGCCUAGUUAAUAAUUUUUUUGCUGUGUCUCGUUAAUAAAUUGAGUAAUAAGAUAAUGGUUUUAUAAAAGCUUAAGCAGUUGGGGAAUUGGUUAAAUUCAUUUCCCCACACACCCCUAAAAUGCUGUUGAGUGUUAAGGUUAGACUGAUACACAUAUUAAGCACAAUAGUUGCAGGGGGAGAGAUGCCAAAAUAUGAAAGACUAGUUAUUAGAAAAAUAGCUUGUUGCAAAUAAAAGUGCAAACCUAAAGAGUCACGGAAUAUUGACUUGCAAUUUCAAGUUGUUGCAUCAGUGUAUGAUUGAAAAAUAAGAUUUGUGUCCAGCGCUGCAUCUCUGCUGGUGCAAUGGACUUCUGUCACACAACAAAGUCUCUCUUUCUAACCUGUCCCCUCCAUACCCACCCACCCACCCUCAAACUCAUAUCUGGAGAGUUAGGGGACCCACCAGAGCAGAUUGGGGGUUGAGGAGAAGUAGAAGUUCCAUUGUGCCAGCAGAACGCCGCUGGUGUAGCAUUGGAUACAAGCUUAAGUUCUUGUGUUAUAAUAUGAAUGUUAGUCUCAUUUGUAUGAAGUUCGAUUUAUAGCUAUGGACUUUGAACUUAGUGAAUAAGGUAAAAGGGAAAUUCAUUCUCCUGCAGAUAUAAAAAUAAACUAGGUUUAGGGGUUGUGUGUGGGCCAUCAGUGUCCUUCACCUUGCAUGAAUUUUCCCCUGCCUCUUCUCUGUAUUUGGCCUACAGACUUAGAUUGUUGCCAGUGCAGGGGACACUCUUCAACUCAUUUUUGACAACCUAAUUUAAUCAGUGUUCUCAGGUGCCUUUGGAGCACAAGGAUGAUUCAUUUACCUAGGUUUGGUGUUACAAAUGGUCAUUGCUAACGUAGAUUACAGUGAGGGGGGGGAUUGAUGUAAGACAAGGAAUUGGCUGGGAGGGGUGAGGAGAUGCAUGUGAUCUUACUUCCAGUUCCUAAACCAAGCUUAUUUUUAUAUCUUCACUGAGGUGAUUUAGUAAUAAGGAUUGCUUGGGUACUCAAAGGAGUAGCUAGGGUUUUAUUGCUGUUUAGUGAUGUUAAUUGCACAUCCUUUUGAAUAGCAAAAAAGGUCAUUGCUUUUACAGCUUCUAUCUGCAUAUCACAGCAGAGAAAAAGUUACCUUGUGAACACAUUCACCCAAUUAAAAUGUAAAUUAAAAUGUUCUAUAAUUCAAAUUUAUAAUUUGAUUUUUAGACACGAGACAAUACUUUGUGAAGAAAGGAGACUGGUUUCCUACAAAACUCAUAUUAAAAAUCAAGUUAUUGGUGCUUUUUAAUAAUUUUAACAAGAAACUAGAACAACUUCACUGAAUAGCAAUAUUCAUGUAAAGCUAUUAACUCCUUGUCUAAAUCACUGCAAAAAGAAUUUAUGCUUGUAGCCUAUUUUGUAUUAUACCAUUCAUUUGGGUGUAGCUAUUAUAGAUUACUGCAAUGGAAUUCAGUAAGUCUUCACUAACCUAUUUAUGUUAAAAUACUUUUAAAGAACAGAAUGUGUAUCAAUUCAUGAUAAUCCCUAAGAUACUUUCCACAUAAUGAAACCUAAAAUUUCUUGUAUUGACAGUCAUUUUAAAAAUGUAUUUACUGUCUCAAAUGAAAACUGCUACAGACACAUAGCACAUUAUGGUACAACGAUGACAUUCUUUUUUCCUGUUCAGAAUUCCUUUAGAAGCAGUAAAGACACUUAAUACCAACAGAAUAUAAGAGUGUUGCAAGAGUGGGAAAUCCCAGUAUGCAGUUUUGCAGCUGUCAUUUCACUCUUGUGAAACUGAAGUGCACUACCAACUUGUUUUUCAGUUGGCUGCUACUGAAGAACAAUAUGAUUCGCCUUACUGUUAAAAGCCAGCUUUAAAAGAACUAAGGAUUUGGUGAUGUCAAAAAGCAGAAUACUUAGUCAUUACUGAAUACUUGAGAAACUAAAGAAAUUAUCCUAAUCCUGCAUAUUGAUUAGUUAUAUAGCCUAGACUUUAUUAAAAACAGUAUGUGGGAAGAGGAAAACUUCUGAAGUUCUCAUUAUUAUCAUAAAUUUGUUUUCUAAUCUAAAUAGUUUUUCCCCCCUAAGGGUGACCUUAUGACAGCUGCAUACUGCUAUAUGUUCUGACUAUAUUAAUAUGCCUGAAUUUGAAAUGACUUAUUGAUGUGCUUCUUUGCAAAUUUGAUUUUAAGCUAUUUUAAAAGCUUUUGGAAAUAGAUGUGAACCACUGAAAAAUUACUUACUGCGUUGUAGUUAUUAAAAGUUUUGCAUCAUCCUAAACCCAUUUCUUGGAAGUAUGUUCCAUUGGGUUCAGCAUGGCUUACCACUGAGGAAGAGCGCGUAGAGUUUAAGGCUGCACUCUUACUUGGGUGUAAGCACCAUUGAAAUCAGUGGAGCUAGCUUCUAAAUAAAGUUGGGAAUGGAAAAUGUAUGUUUAAAGUUAUCUGAGUAAUGUUUGUGCAUAUGAGCUAUUAUCUAUUUACUGUGGUUUUUACAUAAGUAGUUCUGAUUCUUCAACGUGAUGGUUUUUAUUACGUAACUGUUUACCCCUCCUCAUAUCUUUGGCAUAAUGUUCUUAAGGAAGGCUCUGCGGGCAUGACUGCUGUAGGCACUACUUGCUUUCCAGUAUGCAUGUAUUAACCUGCAUCUAAAGAAACCCUGAUUGAACUAGGGUUCUCUGAUGCACAGAUAUGGGUAAUUGGAGAUGCAGGUAUGUUAUCCAUACAGUCAUACCCUGGUUUUUGAACAGCUUGGAAGUCAAACAUCACAAACCUGGAAGUAGGUGUUCCAGUUUGUGAACUUUGCCUCGGAAGCUGAAUGUGCGGCGCGACUUCCGCAUUCUGUUUAAAAACCAAGGCAUGACUGUACUUUGUCUCCUAAGAGUAAUGGUGGUAGUAUAUGCAGCAGUAAUUUCAAUUUUAGAAAGUGUGGAGCUUCCUUUAAUCUUAUUGGCCAGGAUCCAAAGAACUCUGAAAGGUGGCUUUGAACUUGGGUUCCUGCCUCCACAUCACCAUCCCUUCACUUUGUGCACUGGGGCAAGUUUCUUUGGAAACAGGGAGAUUUCAAAAAUGUUUGUGUUAUAACAUGAGGUCUGCAGCUCAAAGUGGUUUUUUUAAAAAAAUGUAUAAAGAAGCCCUUGGGUUUGCCUAAAAUAGCUUUUUGGAUCCUGGUCAUUGAUUUUAGUGUAGCUUUCAUCCCAUGAAAACUUCAUCAAUGUCUCUUCCAAAGCACAGAAAGACGCUAAUAGUUACAGGAUGAAAUUGUACAGAUCUCUUGCUAUAAAAGGUGACAGUAUUUGAACUGGUCUAAACAUUCCAAAGAAUGGCAAUCACUAAUGUGGCUGUUGGUUAUAAAUAUCCUCAUAGAGAUUCUAACCAAGUAAAAGCUGGUCACCCAUUACCUCCAGCCAUGCACCAAACUGAGCCAUACCCCCCUCAUUUUUUCCACAUUUAUAUUUGAGUAUAUGAAUCUGUUAUUUGCUGCCUCUCUGGCUUCCACUAGUUAUUCAGUACUGAAUGUGGACAAAAGGGUGAGAUCAAUGUAACAAUUUGUUUUUGUGAUAAAGUUCUGGCUUACGUUUUUUUGUGUGCUAUUUAGCUGUUGCAUAUCUUCAUUUAUGAUUUUACAAAUCAGCUAAAACUAAUGUAAUACACCAAUUUGGCUACCACAUUAUUCUUUGUUUUUUUCUUAUUUUUGAGCAGAGGAAAUGUUCCUCUUUACUAGUUUUGUAAUAUGGAACAUUUUCUGUAGUUAUCAAUGGCUGUGCCUGGGUGCCAAACUAAACCACACUUCAGUGUGAUGUGAAUAAAUCUAGGCAAGCCUCAGGCCCAUGCACACUCUCCGCCCCCCCAAUCCCUACCACAUGGUCAGAAGGGGAAAUGUAAAGGUUUCCACUUUUGCUUAGCACAGUUGCCAUUCUAUCCAAACUGACAAAUUAUGGUUUUCCAUUGGCUUUUUUGAAACAAGCCAGUGUGAAACAAUUGUAGUUAAGUGUGUUAGGGUGAAAUGGUAAAACUGGUUAAGUAAAGGUGGAAGUGAACUCUUCUGAACUAUUAUUCCCAGUGGAGAAGUGCAUGUCUAAGGCUCACCUAGACACUUUCAUGUCAUACUGAACUAAUGAUUUAGCAUGACAUCUGAAUGCUGCCAAUGAUUAAUUUUUUCUGCAUUGCUGUAAAUUUUUGGACUACUUUCUUGAAAGCUGUAGUUUAGAUUAUUUUCGAGCCAGUAGCAGCGGUCUCAUUAUUUACAUUUCCAUUAUGCUGAAAUUGGCGCACGAAUUGUGUAUGUAUAGUUAAACCAACAUUUUUUGUUUGCUGUGGGACGUAGCAAAAUCUACAUCACAAAUUUUGACACAUUACAGCUGAAGGAAGAGGAACACCUCACCAGACAAGAAACUUAACUUCACGGAAAGAGGCUUGUCCAGCAGUUUGCUUCUUGUGAUCGAACAGAGCCUGUAAAGAUUCAUGGAUAAAAUGAACAGGAAUAGAUCUGAAUAAGGCAAAUCUGCAUACAUGGUAACCAGUAGCUCUCUUACCUUUUUAUGUUGCUUAGCUGUUUUAUUUGAAGGAACCUGUGUGAUUUAAAACGUAUAGCUUUUUGCAACUUUAUUACUGGUUAUAUACAUUUGACAAUUAAAAUGUGCAAGCAAUUGAAAAAAGUCUAGUAAAUGCUUGUUUUUAUAGUAGUUCUUGUUUAAAUGUUCAAAUGAUAAUGUCUGUAAAGAGCAUCAAUCUGAUUACAAUAGAUGUAGUGUUGUAAUAAACUGUUUAAUGGGGCUGAUGUGUAAAGCUGUUCCAAGUUAUUUGAUGUUUACACCUCAGGGAGCGUCUUGUGUUCAGCAAUAUUUAAUGGUGUUAUAACAAUGUCUCUAACAAAACAUAGCAUAUUUUUUGCAUAUGCAUCAACUUGUUGUAUUUGCUGAAUGAUUAGCAGUUGUCAAACACUUGAUAUUGAUACUAGAAUAAUGGUUACAUUUUAUUUUAAUUUGUAGCUUUUUUGCAUAGAUGGCUUGUGAAUUUGCUGAAAGGUGCGCAAAUCUGUAAAAACUGCAGAUUAACAUUUUGUAAUAAUUCAAAUAGACUGAACUUUCUUUAAAGAAUAUGAAGUCUGAAGUUGAAUUCUGGUUUACUGAAGCCUGUCUGUUGCAAUAUGCAACACUCAAUACUUUGUUCAAGCAUACAAUUGGCCACUUUUAAAUAAUGCUGCAAUAAUUUACAGUUUUUAGUGCUAAUGCUGUGUCCUGCCUCUAGAACACUAGUCAUUCUGUACCUAGAUAUAUAUGCCAGUUAAGUAACUGAAGAAAAUGUUUCUCCUUAAAAAUAAUAAUCAAGAUUUCAAAUAAGCUUUUUUGAGCAACAAAAUUCCCUGUCCAUAAAAAGAAAAUGCAUACAUAUCCCUUGUAUAACUAAUAGUGUAAUAAUUUGCCCUAACAAAUAGUUUGUGAUCUAAUGCACCCCACAAACUAAAUAGAGCACAUUUUAAUCAUAGGUUUAGCACAUGUUGCUUGAUUGUAGACUGUUUUCUUUUAAAAAUAUUUUUUUUUCCAAAUUUUGCUAGUUCCUGCCUACUUUCUAAUUAUUUCAGUUAUAGUUUUAAAAGUUUGUUGAUCAAAUAUUUGAAGCAUUAUGACAUGUAAUACUCAGUAAAAUUACUUGUUGUAUACGAAUACUUGGAUAUUAAAUUAAAUGAAGACCACUUUACAUGUUUUAAUAUCAAACUCAAGUUUACCAUCAAGCAUACCCUUAACAGAACCGUGACCAAUCCCAACUUCCUAGCCAGUGCACUUGUGUAAUAGAUGUGUUUACAAACAUGUUCGUCACAUUCCCACUUUACUUAUUUAGGUGUACAUAUAAAAUAUUUUAACUGUAUAACAAAGACACAGUGUAUCAGUCAGACCUUAGAGACAUGUAUAAAAUCACACUGUUUGUGUCUUACUAAACAUGGAAGCACUCAAGUUACCGUCUCAAAGGCUGUAUCCCAAUACAACUAAAGAUUUAUAUAGUUGAAAGAAUCCGCUUGACAUUUGCAGAGCUCAGGUCAAUGCAGCUGAUUUACUCUUUCCUGGCCAAUAUUGUUUGACUUGUGUUUAAUAACUGGAGUAGAUGGUUAUUUUAACUAUUAGCCAUUUUGUACGCUGAAAGUUUUUUUAUGGUCCAUUCAUGCUUUGUUAAUAGAUUUCCUAAUUUACCACGUUUCUUAUGUGAGAUGUUGGGCUUACUUUGAAAUAUUAUUUUGAACCCACAAUGCUUUACACAACUUGUUUAUCUGACAAUAACGCCUAAAUUCAUUUUACUCUUGGGUUUGAUUAUACACAGAAAUCAAAGUGAAGUGAAGCAAAAUAUCAGGGAUUUCUCAUUUGCAUGACUUUUUAGUCCUACGAAACCUGAUAAUGUAUACAUUGGGGUUGUUUGCUUUGUGCAGGGAUGAAUGUGAGUUCUGUCUAUGGAUAACUCCAGAUAAUCAGGAAAUUGGAUGUUGCUGCAGUACCUUGCUAUUGUAUGUACAUGUUAGGGUGGUUGUUCCAACUCUAAGAAAUCCAAUGUAGUAUUGCUUUUAACUAGCUGGGAUGUGGGCAGACAAUCUGGAUUAAAUUGUACUGGAAAUGGCUCAAGAUGGAGGAAAAACAGGUAAGUUAGGCGUGCAAAUGCUAUUUGAGUAGUAAUUUCAAAUAUUCAGUAACCAAAAUUAAAAUAAUUUAAAGUCAUAAUUUAGCUUUCUGUAUGAACCCCGGAGAUACUGUUGUGUAUUCAUUGUCUUACAUUUUCUCCUAUAGCGAUUUCCAUUGCUGGCAAUGGAGCUGCCAAAAAUCAAACCAUGAAAUAACUUUUUGAUAUGUGUAGGCUGAACAUUUAACUUGUGUAAGUAGUAAAGAGUCAUAGUAGUUGUCUUGUGAGUAAAACUUGUUUUCUCAAGAACUCUUCUCAGUUUUCUCAGUAAUUUUUUAAAAAAGGAGUCCAAAGAUGUUUAGACAAAAAAAGUGAAAGCAUUUUACUUGUGAUAAUCUCUAGAAAGAAGUUUGUGCAUUUAUCUCCAGCCUGAUAAACAAUGCUCCUGGUGAAAUAAUAUUGUAAAUAGUUACCAGAUAGUAAACUAAAAUCUGAGUAGUGUCUUGGUUGCUACUGCAGUGGGCUUUGGUGGCUAUAUUAAAUCUGUUUCUGUUAAGAAAAUGUAAAUAAAUUUCAGGAGGUACUUAAUAAUCUGUAUAUAGGUUUUAAUAGAUAAAAGUGAUAGUAUUAAUAGCUAUUUUAAAAUAAAUUAUCUGACUGGUGGCCUCCUCCUGGAUAGUUGUGCUGACAUCUGCCCACAGUGGUAUUGUAAUAAAAGUUUGCAGUGUUGCAGAAGUUGCUAUUUCUGAUACUAACUAGAAAUUACAACUGGCACUGCAAACCAAAAUAACUUUUGACUAUUCGCUGUCUAUUUAGUUGUAUAUUUGAGUGCUUUCUCCAAUAACAUGAAAGGCAAGCUUUAAAUGUCCUGUGUAUUGAUUGACUUCAGUUAAAAAAUCCAUGUAAAUAUUGGACAAGCUUUCAUUUUUCACUCAUGUACAGUUUAAGCAAACUUUUCCAAGUUUUAUAUAUAGGAUCUUAGUCACACUGUUUACUUGGUAGGUAUUUAAUGAUGCAGAGAACAUAUAGCCUUAAAAUGCAGCUUUAAAAAGUUACAGCAUUAAGCAUCCUCUGUAAAAUUUACAAUUUUCUAAUGUUUGAAAUAUUCAUAGUUUUUAGUAAUCUGAGAAACGUGUUAGUAGAAUAGACUGGAGUUUUUGAAAAUAAGAAAAUUAUUAAAAACCUGAUUUUUAGAAGGGAGGAAAGCAGCAAGAUGCUUUAACAUGUUAGGAGUAUUUUAUAUAUUGGACUUUAGUGCUCCUUAUAAUUUUAUACACACACAGGAGCAAUCACAUACAUAUCCUAGAAUCCAUGAAUCUCAUUUCAAGCUGCUCUCUCUCUCUUUGUAGUUGUCAACUUUUAACUUGAAACAAAAGUAAUGCCACUGCCCAUAAUAAUGUACUGUGUACUAUUUAAAUAGCUUGGCUUUCAAGCCUUUUUGGCUCAAUAUCCAGUUGAAAACCAGGUUUAGUCAACUUUUGGUGAUCUAGUUUCUGUCAGCUGAGAAACUUUGUGUUGUAUCCAGCCAAAGCUCUACUCAAGAGUAGGCCCAUUGCAAAUUAAUGGACCAAAAAUCAGUAAUGUUCAUUGAUGUCAAUGAAUCUUCUCUGAGUAUGACUGGUGUUAGAGACAUCCCUUGUAUCCAAAAGCCUAUUCAGCAUCCAAAUUCUAUUUGGCUGUACUGGAGGAGGAUCUAGCACUAAAACACGUCUGGGCACAUCUGUGAUUAAAUGGGUGAGUUUCCUGACACCACAUUAGAGACCGUUUCUCACUUCAGUACUUGAACAUGCUAAGCAUCAUUUUCAAAACCUUCAGCUAAAAUACUAACCCAAGUCACCACUGAGAGUAGCAUGUUGUACACACUUCUUUGGGGAUGAAUUUCACAUUAAUAGUUUUUUUCUGAUUGACUUUAUAAAUGUAAUACAGUGGUUUAUGUUUAUUCAUUGCAAGUGUAUUACAUUUAAAAUUCAUUUUUGUCAGUGUUUUAUUUUCCAGAGUGCCUGUGGAACAACUAUGUUCCCUUAAAGAUUUUUACAUGAUUUUGGUUGGGUUUCACUACAUUAAGUUUUGCCCAAAUGUGUACUCGCAAAUAAAGAAUAAUACUAUUUGCUAUAGUUUGUAAACAGUUGCUUACAUUACAGGUUUUAGGUUUAUUGUUGUGCAAGCAAACCUUUUUUUUAAUGGGCAAUGGCUUUCUAAUACCUGAAGACUCAAAGAACAUCUUGGUAGUGUUGAGUUUCUGGACACUCAAAUGUCUUCAGAAGGUAAGAAGAGGGUGUCCUUUCACAUUAGCAUAUGUGAUUUUUUAUUUUUAAAAAUGCCAACUCCAUCUCAAACUUUGGCUUGUCAAAAUUCUUUUCACUUCCAUAUAUUUUAAAUUAAAUUACCUUUCCUUCCAGUCUUUAGGCAACUAUUAGAAAUUUGCUGUCCAACCAUUUAUUGGUCUUUAAACUGCAAAAGAAGUUACCUUGUAUUGAAGAAAAAUAAAGUGCAUUUUUAUGAAAGCU